UACACAAUAACUAUUCAAUAAAUUUUAUAAUUUAAUUAAUAUUAAUAGAAUUCAGUCACUGUUAUGAUAUUUGUAUAAUUUAGUUAAUGUUAGCUGUUAUUGGAACAUUGUUGACCCACGUCAAUUGCUAAUUAAUUUUUUUUCUGAUUUAUUUUAAUAAUAUUUACACUAAUUUAUUUAAAUAAUAUUUAAUUUUAAAUUUGGUUUGAGUUAUUUUCUUUCAAAAUUUGGAUAUUCCGAAUUAUAUUUGUAUUAUAAUUUGGUUAAAAUGACGUCAUUUUUACCGGGUAAAAAUGACUAAAGAAAUUGUUACGCUUCAAGUUGGACAAUGCGGGAAUAACAUAGCCAACGAAUUCUGGAAUCAAAUCUCACUCGAACAUGGAAUCAACAAAGAUGGAUUUUUAUUGGAUAAAAAGUGUAUUGGGGAUAAUAGAGAUGUAUUCUUCUUCCAAACUGGCACUAAUCGUUACUAUCCCAGAGCUCUCCUAAUAGAUUUAGAACCUCGCGUUAUCUCAUCCAUACUCAAUUCUGAAAAUAAGAAUUUAUUUAAUCCCGAAAAUGUCUUCUUAUCCAAAGAUUCCAUGGGAGCUGGGAAUAAUUGGGGAGUUGGAUAUACGUAUGGAAAUCAGUUAAACGAUGAAUUAUCUGAAAUCGUUGAUCGUGAAGUUGACAACGCUGAUAAUCUCGAAGGAUUCAUACUCUCACACUCUAUCGGCGGUGGAACUGGUAGUGGAUUGGGGAGUUACUUAUUGGAGAUGAUAAAUGAGAAUUACCCGAAGAAGGUGAUAAAAACCUUUUCAGUGUUUCCACAACUUAAAAAGUCAAGUGAUGUUGUAGUACAACCUUACAACACAAUUCUCUCACUUAAAAGAUUAAUUCUCAAUGCUGAUCUUGUCAGCGUUAUUGACAACAAUGUUGUCAAUGACUACAAUUUUGAUAGUUCAACUUCAUUCAACUCAAGAUCCAGUUCAUCGGAUGAUAAUUUGACCUCUAAUUUUAAAGAAAAAUUACAAUACAACAAUAAACUGAUUGGUAAUAUAAUGUCGAGUUUUACUAGUUGUAUAAGAUUUCCUGGACCGAUAAACAAUGAUUUAAUAAGUUUAAUAUCAUCACUUGUGAUCAUUCCGAGAUGUCACUUCCUCAUCUCCUCAAUCAUGUACCAUGAAAACAUGACACUCCUCAAUCUCAUCAAGAAACUUUACUAUCCCAAUAACUUUCUGGUAUACACGAAUACCAAAAAUGGGAAGUAUUUAUCAGCAUUAAAUAUUAUCAGAGGACAUAAAAUUAACCCUUCCGAUGUCUAUAAAUGUGUGGAAAAGAUAAAGGAGAAGCGAUUAGUGGAUUUUAUUAAGUGGAAUCCAUCAACAGUACACAUUAAUUUAACGAAGCAGUCACCUUACAAACAGGAUAAACAAAACGCCAUCCUCAUCGCUAAUCACACCUCCAUCCAUCAAGUUCCAAACUACAGAGUGUUAGAGGAGUGUAUAGUACAAUUUGAUAAACUAUACAGUAGAAGAGCGUUUUUGGAUAAUUACAGGAAGGUGGCGUAUUUUGAGAGUGAGGAUGGUAAGGGGAAUUUCGAGGAAAUGGAGCAUUCCAGAGAAGUCGUCGAACUCGUCAAAGAAGAAUAUCUCAGAUCACAACACGACGAUUAUUACAAUCUCUCUUGUAAAUAACAUUUUUAAUAUCAUUUUUCAUCAUAUU